CUUAUGGGUGUAGGUUGUAGUUGGAUUACGAGAAGAAUAUUUCGAAGCCUAAUUUAUUUUUAUAAAUUAAUUAUUAUUAAUUUGUUCGCACUUUGCAUACGCAUUAUUUGAAAGAAAAAGUUUUGUAUUUUCUCAUUUUCGUUUUAAAUGUGUCGAUUAAAAUUUAAAAAAAAAUGACGGAAACCUUUUUCAGCCAAAUUGACUGAUGAAGUGAUGAACCAUUAAAGCUAAAUCAGCAGCAGCACCACAGCAGAAUAGACAACGAAAACGGCGACAUUGGCUAUAAACUUCUCUAUUGAAAUUCAACCGAUUUAAGGCAGAUUGAGAUUGAUACUCAAAUCAUGUCGCCCCAAUGUGAACCUGCAUCAUAACCAAAAGAGAUAUUUCCAUUAACAAAACACUGUUAGAAGCUGAUUGCUCAACUAGGAUUAGUACAACACACAUUAUUACCAAAAUGAUGCAAAUGGAACAUCAUUCUUCGGGCAAUCACCAUGCACGCCCACUUUGCUUGGCUGGUCCCGAACGGGAGCCUGUUAAUUUUUUGGUAAACUUAGUUGGAGCACCACCUGAAGUUGAGCAACUAGUUGAACAUAUUAAACUAGUUGCUGAACAAUUUCUCUAUCACUGGAAAACUUUUCCAAUUUCUCUUCCCCAACCUCUGGCAGCAACAUCAUAUACCCAAGCAACUGGCAAUCAAGUAACUAAUCGAAAAAAAAGUCCAAUUAACCUACGAGAUUUAUUUAUUUCGCCGCCAUUUGAUGAGUUAGAUGCAGUCGCUUCAGACGGUACGGGUGAACCAAGGCGUUUGACCAAUUCACAACUUAAAGCCUUACGAGAACGCGGCUUGCAAAAGGAUAAAUACGGAAAACCGAAGAAAUUAACUUUGGAACAAUUGGAAACAAUUCGAAAUAAUGGAGAGUUCGAUGUGCCCAGUUUGAAUUUUCCUGGACAAGUACACAAGUGGCGUUUGUCAUUGCUCCUACAAAAAGGAACAUAUCGUGCACAUGAUUCGUUUCUUAGUGAUUUAGCUCUGGCAGCUCGAUUUGUGGUGGUUACGGCACGAGGUCGAUUGCUAUCGCAUUUUUUCUCCCUUGCACAUGCAGUUCGUGCCCUAUUCCAUGGACUUGUCAACCUUCUGGAUAUGGCUGUGGGUGUUCCAUCGUUAUUGGCUCAUGACCUAGACUAUAAGAUCCAAGAGGAACGAUGUCGCUUCUUAGUUGCGGAACUUGUAUGUCGGCCAGAGUUUGAGGAUUGUCUGUAUUCGCUUUGCUCCUUUGUUCGGAAACAAAUGCGGCGGGCGAUUGUCGAGAAAAUUGACGUGAAAAACUGUGAAACCGCCCAACCAGUUCCGUAUCUGUUUCUGACACCAAAGGGGCAAGAGAUUGACUUGAGACUCUUCUCACGUGAUAUCAUGCGCAAGGCGCUGCCCAUUCUCGUCGGAAUACUAGAGCGUGAAACUAGGGGCUGGUUUUUACAUUUUCGCGAGCGACUUAUCGCCGAAUUGAGAGAGAAGAAGCUUACUGAUAAAGAAAUUGAAGAGGAAGUAAACGAUGCCGUCAUGAAAGAAUACCUUCAGAGAGUUUACACUUCGAUUCUGUCUAACACACAACUAGCAGAGUUUGGUGAUGGAAUACCUCGUUUGCUUGUCCAGCAAGCUCAGUCAGUAGUUAUCAUGCAUAAAGCUGUAGAUAAAGUCCAAAAAGAAUUGAAGCGAUCACGUGAAGAUCACCAAAAGUGUCUAACCAACGAUCAUUCAGUCCUGUCGCGUAUAGCUCCCUGGUUGCGAUCGAAGUUGAGAGCAGCCGAAGCUACAAAACUAUAUAAAUCCACCUGGGCUGCCCACGAAGAAGCUCUACGUAUGUGUAGCAAGCAUGACCUCAGCCAAACAUCUUACUUUCUAAAUCGUGACAUGGCAUUCAUGAAAGAACGCGAACCAGUGCUUCUGAAGGAGUUGAAAAACGCAAAGACUCCAACACGAACAUUCCAUUGGACUGUGCGUAUAUGGUCACCGAGUUCUUGGAUAGUUCAGCGAGAGUUUCAGGGACAGUCGGAGAUUAUACCGACUGUGAUAAGCCAACAAGCCACGUCAAUAGUUACUCCUCGCUCCGAUCCAAGUCAACCGGUGUUCAUGGUAGAAAAGGAGAAAACGCGUACUACAAGUACGCGAUGGCCAUUUUGGCGAAUUGUAAAUUUAGUGCAAAGAUCAUGGACUUGGACAUGGAAUGUGAUAUUUUUCUUAGGCAUUUUUGUGCCAUGGUUUAGUCCGAUAGGUCUGCGAGCGUUGUGUUGUAUGGAGCCGUUUAUGUCAGAUCUCGAGCUGUCUCAAAUCAAUGGAACUUUAUUUCCAAAGAAGAGUAGUAUGACACUGACGCUGGCGUCGAGGUUAAUUGAUUUAUGGCGUAAUGUUUCGAAAUCUAGAACUCACUUUGAAACCGAACCAGACACAGGCUUCAUUGGAAAAGGUUUUACCAGAAACAUGAACCGUGUGUGGAAUUACUUUGUGAAGGGAUUUCUUGGCACUGUGACCAUACUUCUAGUGUUUCCAUUAGUUUCGCUUACAGCAAGUUUAUUAAGUAUUUUGUUGGCACUCACCGCAUUUAUAUGGGUGCCCAUGUUAACGGCAGGUCUGCACGUUUUGAUGGUUUUAAUCUAUGACUUGGAUUGUCCUGAUAUUUCGCGCAAUCGUUAUUGUAUUCUAUUAGAGGCUGUUGUUUGGAAUAUAUUGAUUCAAGGAUGUGUACAACCGAUUGCUGCCAUCUUCGUUUCGAUGGUUCUCUGUCCAUUGGCUUCAAUUUUGGUUUUAGUUGUUGGAGCUGCACGAUAUUCAUUGAGACUGCUCUGGGAUUCGUUGACAUUCCAUCUAUUUAUUAAAAAAUGUGGUCGUGUACCGGCUUCUGAUAGUCUAGCUGUCCGCCGUAUUGCUGGUCCGGGUCUAGCUCUGGAUUACUACUUCAUAAUUAUACCUGAACAAGCGUUAGCAGCAUUUGAGGCUAAAAUGGAGCUGGAUGAGCUGCAGGCCUAUCAGCAAGCCAUUGAAAGAGUCAUUAUGCAGCCACAAAAAGACUAUAAGCAGUUUGUUGAGGCUUGUUUUGGACCGUUUUCUGCGCAAUUAGCUAAGAACGGCCCGUUUUUGCGAUUGGAUCGUGAAGCUCAAGAACUAAUGGGUACCCUACACGAAAAGCUAGAGAAGAGGCGAUGGGAACUACAAACUGGCUUGGUGACAGCUGUAAAAACCCGCAUUAAGUUAAACACAUUAGAACUUAAGAUUGCAAUUCAAUUAGCCGCCCAUAUGCUUGAAAAGUACUACCCAGGUCAUGUGAUAUCAAGACUAUCAAUCACAGAAGACGAGUUCUGGGACAAUAAAGGCCUUUCACCGAAUGAUUGGCCCGGAUUAGCCGGUCUUAUGUAUACAGAAAUCUUCAGCUUAGACUUCCUAACGCCACUUUCCGAAUCGGACACAUAUUUCAAACUGGAACCUCAUUCACAGUUGGAUCUGUCGCGUUAUACACAAAUGGUACAAAAUGCAACCGAUGUCAUCGGAGCAAAUGGUCCAGACUUGCUGGGAAAUGUUUAUGCUCCACGUGGCAAUGUUCAAGUGCACUUGCCAUUUUUGGAAGUAACUGCUUUUAAUCCGAGAUCGAAGAUAACUUUGACAUUUAGGAAACCACAAAAGCGAGACAUGACGGUUGGUCUUACAACACCUCGUGUAAGAGCACUUCGUGCUGCUUUACAAUCAAAAUUGGAUGCUCAACAGCCCAACAAACCAUGGCGUCCGUGGAAAAGGAAAACACAAGAUAAGACAGCUUCAGAUAAGUUGCUUAUUCCGCUGCCCAUUCCCCAUCCUGUACAUAUCGCUAUAGCAAUACACAAUCGUGAUACAGAACAACCAAUUCCAUUAGACUCGGAAUUGUGUUGGGAAAUUCUGAAAGCAAUCGAAGAUUGUCAUGGCGAUAUUAUGACUGUUCAAUCGGUUGCACGUUAUCGUGGUGGUGGCGGAGGCUCGAGUUUCGAUUCACUGGAUUCCGAUACGAGCAUCGGAACACGAGACUCUACAGCAGCUGCUGGGGGAACAGAGACACUGCCUUGUGGGACAAGAGAGGUCGAUACAACAAUAAAAGUUCAAGAAGACCAACCUCAGCCAUCAGGAUUUCAUUGGACGCUUAAUAAUUGGGGUGCAGCGCAAAACGCAAGGCGCCGCAACUCCAAUGUCCGAGUCAACCUAGCCAGCCCCGAAGACAUUUCAUUGGACACAGAUAGUUCACGGGCAGUAUUUAGUGCAUAUGGAACAACCGUUUAAAUUGUUCAAUCAUAUAACAUAAAGCUUAGCACUUAUUUCCAUUAUUAAAUUUAUAAAUUGAAUUAUAUAAUUUCUUUUUUUUUUUCAUAAUAAAUAAGCAGCUAAUUAUUUUCAAUAAUUCUUUACUAUAAAAUUCAUAUUGCAAUUUUAUAUUAAAAAUAACAACAAAUAUAUAUAUACAUAUAUAUAUAAAUGCAGAUUGUCUUUUAUGCUAUAAAAACAAAAAUACCACAACAACAAAAACAAAAUACGAAAUCUAGUCUUAGAAGUUUCACAAAUUGAAUUAUGUAUAUCUUUAAAAACAAGAAGAAGUGAUAAACAAAUGAACAAAGUGAAUAAAAAUUACGAGUAAAAAUUAUCUCCACAAAAGGAGUAAAACAAACAAAACAAUGUUAAACAAUCACACAUUUCUAUUAAAAGCCAAUAAUACUUACAUGUUUUUUUGUUUAAGUAUAUAAUUAUGUAUAUUGAAAUGAAAUAUAUUAGCGAGUAUAUUUAAAAAAACAAAAACUACAUAAACUUUCAAGGCAACAAAUAUUUGAAAUUGUAAAAAACAAAAUCUCUUUCUCUCUCUAGUUGUACAACAACACAUACAAUUAUUAUUAAUUCUGAAGCAAAACAAAUUAAAGCUCUCUGAUAGAUGGUUAAGAAUUAUAAUUUAAAUUUAAACUUUAAAUUUAUGAAACACAAAAAGAGUAACUCACUAAAUAUUUUGCACCUUUUUAUACAAGUAGGCUAUUUCUUUAAUUGAAUGUGCAUUUAUUCAAGUAUGACAUUAAUAUAGUUUAAGUUAAGGAAUUUUUUAUAUUAUAUUUUCGUUUUUGUUUUAUUUGCCCUUAAUAAAUAUUUUUAUUUUGUUUAAAUCUAAUUUAUUCGAGUUAUUAUUUUCUACUAUGCUUUGGAAUGUUCGCAUGUUUUAGAUGAACCUUGAAAA